AUGCUACCUCCAUCAUUAGGAUCAAUUCCAGAAGUAAAGGAAGAUUAUCCAGGGGCAAGUUUGAUCGAGAGAACUGCGAGAUUACAACAAUUCAUUGAAUUAGGACCACCAGAUUUAUGUAAUAUAUAUAAACAUUCAAUAAAUUCCAAAAGAGAAAAUGGUGAAAUUGGUACUUUCUUAUAUUUUACAGGAGUUGAUACAUCUUCCAUUGCUUCUAUAGCGGCUCAUCUACAAAGUUUAGCCAAUUUAAUGACCUCAAAAUCUCAAUACUGGUUUGGUGAAAAGAAACAUUGGAAAGUACCUCAAUUAACUUAUUGUACUUUUAAUUCAUUUAGUAAAACUGAUAUGAGAGUUACUGUACAUAUUCCAGGGAAAUUUGAAAUUCAAAUUAUUAAUCAAGAUGGAAAAACGAUUCAAGACAAAUUGACUGAAGAACAAUUGGAUAAAUUAUGGACCGAAACUUUUAUCACUUCUAUCGUAAGAGCAGUAUUAGAAAGUGAAGAUGGUGAUGAUGUGAACAAAGUUGGAGGGGUUGUUGAAAUAAGAAAAAUUAAUCCAUUCAAUAAUGGGAUUGUUUCCAAAGAAUUAUUAAAUAAUUUUUUAAUUGGGUUCGAGGAUUUAUUCUUUCAAGGUUCAAAAUUAGGAUGUAAUGUUGAUAUCCCUCAACCAACUAUUGUGAAUAAUUAUCUUGUUGAUGGUUUCUUGAAAGUAAUUCAAUUGACUCAAUCAUAUGACAGAGGAUUAGAAAUAUUAAAUCGUUUAUAUAAAAUUGAUCCAAGCAUUAUUUCAAUAAUUGCACAAUUACAAUUACUCAAGCAGGAUGAAAUAGAAGCAGUCAAGACAAUGUGCAAAGGAAUACAAGACAACAAAAGAGACUCCAACCUUUUAAUUUUACAAGCUGAAUAUUGUUUGGACAAAAAGAAACCAGAAUUAGCAUUGGAAUUAGCUAAACAAGCUGUCAAGUCAUCACCAUCAGACUAUUCAACUUGGUCUAUCUUAGUGAAGUGUUAUACGAAAUUAGGUGACUUUGAAAAUGCAUUAUUAACAUUAAACUCAUGUCCAAUGAACUCACAUAAAGAGAAGUAUCAAUUAAAAAGAGUAGUUCCUGUAAGAUCUCACGAUGAUUUACAUUUACCUUCACCAAUGGAUGUAACUUUGGAUGAAGUAUCAAAUUUACAAAGUAAUGAUAUAAGUUUCGAACAUAGAAAUUUAGAUCCACAACUAUCAAAUUUACCAGCGGCUAAUUUGAAAACAACAUAUGCAAAAGCAUAUGAUUUAUUAACUGAAAUUGUUGCCAAAACAGGGUGGGAACAAUUAUUAAAAUAUCGUGCAAAAGUAUUCGUAAUGGAAGAAGAGUAUAGGAAAGAUAAGAAAACGGCAAAUGGUCAUUUAAGAAAAAAUUCAACACAAUCUUCUAUAACUGUAAAUAAUUCAUCUGUUGGGGAAAGCGAUGUUGAUUCAACAACAGCAGUUAAAUCACCAACUCAAAGAAAUCUUGAAUCAGCUCCAGCAACUGCUGAUUCGAUAUCACCAACAGAUGGGGAAAUAGAUUACGAUGACGAAUUUAGAAAGAAAAGAUUAUGUGAAAGAUGGUUAGAUAAUUUAUUUAUGUUGCUAUAUGAAGAUUUAAGAGCUUUUACAAUGUGGCAAGCUGAAUCAGUACAUUUUCAAGCUCAACAAAUGGAGUAUAAAAAAACCACAUUAGAAUGGGAAAUUUUAGGAUCUAUUGCAUACAGAUUAAAGCAUUUUAAAGAAGGUUCAGUAGCAUUUGCAAAUGCCUUGAGUGGUAGAUUCUCAGCAAAAUCUCAACGUGAAAUGUUAAAAUAUUAUUUGAAGGAAAAAAAUAAAUUAUUGACUAAAAACACAACAACUUCAUCCAAUAGUGCAAAUUUCAUUCAAAAUUACUCUAAAUUAAUGAAUCAAUUAAAUGAAAAAAUAUUGGAAAGUAUUGUGAAAUUGCUAGUUUGGAAUCAUAGAUGGUAUCUGGACUUCUCACCGUUUUUACUAUUAAGUUUAAGCGAUUUAGUUGCUUGGGAAGGAUCAGUAAAAAUUGAAAGUUCUAUAACUGCAUUAUAUAAUGAGGCAAAAUUACCUGGAUCUGGAAGUAAAGACUCUACGAGAGAUAGUUCGAAAGACUCGAGUAAAGAUGAUCAUUUUGUGAAUCAUGGUAUAAUAUCGAUGAUGAAAGAUUUUGAUUCUGAUUAUAUUAGGUUAUAUAAUUUAUCAAACGCCGAUGAAUAA